UUCUGCUGUGUUGGGGUGUGGACGCCUAACAGGCUAGUUUCAGCAGCUCGUUUCUGCUAUUCUCAACAUAUUUCCCCGUUUUUACUUCAGUAAGAAAAAAGGACAAUGGCGGAUCCAACAAUACGACAGAUAAAAAUCAAGACCGGUGUUGUUAAACGUUUGGCCAAAGAGGAGGUGUUGUACAUAAAGGAGGCAAAGCAGCAGGAAGAAAAGAUCGAGCGUCUCAAGGCGGAGGCUGGAGACGAGUAUGUAAUCAAGAAACAGAUGGAGGUGUUGCAAGAGGCAAGAAUGAUGAUUCCUGACUGUCAUCGUCGUUUAGCUAUGGCCCACGCUGACCUACAACAACUAUUGGAAACAGCAGAAGAAUUGGCUGAAACAGAAGAAUAUAAGGAGGCCAGAACUCUUUUGGAUUCAGUCAAGCUGGAAGGAUGAUGGACACAAAUGCUCUCACACACACACACACACACACACACACACACACACACACACACACACACAUAGAUGCUAACAUACACACUGACAUCCCAAGUGUCCAUUCCAUUUGUUCAAUGUUUCAGAAGCAAAGCAAUAUGUUUACUGUUUGCAUUUCACUGAUUUUUUUAAAUAUUUGUUUAUAUGUAUUGAUUGAUUUAAUAAUCCGCCACUUCCUCACUGGCCUUCUGUUAUAAGUGUUCAAAUUUACACAAUCAUGAAAUAAAGUUGAAUAAUCAUUUCAAAUGCUUCUUUUUCACUAAUGAUAGACUAUUUAUGGAAAUGUACAUUUGUUAUGUUAAUUUAGAACAUUUGUUCUCAAAAUGAAAAAUGCAUGAUUGCAGUCCAUCACAGUAUAAAUGUUCAGUUUCCUUUUCAGUUAAGAGGUUCACCUGCUGUGAACACAGAAAAACCAUGACAGGUCUUUGAUUUUCUGUAAGCUAUUCUUGUUUAUGGAUGCUGCAGGCAUGCACAUUGUUUCAGACUUGUAAUAAGACAAUUGCAAAGUUGAAUUAAUAUCUGAAAUGUUUUCCUUCACCCAAUAUAUAUAUAUAUAUAUAUAUUCUCCUCUCAUAUAGGGCUGCGGUAAUUCAUGCAUAAUGUGAACCUGGACAGAUUUGCAUUCCUGCAUGCAGAGAGGGAGAGAUGUGUAGAAUGAAAGGAAAGUAAGGUAUGAUGAGAAUGUAUUUUCAACUCUGCUGUAAGGACACUGACCUCCGCUGGCCAGAUUCUCUCAUGCAAACAUGAGGCUCUUCUGCAUGUUUAGCCACCUUGGCCUCCUUCCUCCUUAUUUGCUGGAAAAACAUAUAAUAACAUUUUGUGCAAUAAAGCAU